GUCACACGGAUGAGGACAUGAGGUGGAAGUGAUGCCGACUCCAUGAGGGUCCCAAAACUUUGGGAACAACGCCGCGGGCAGACUUCAGAGCAAGCAGCGUUCCACAGAGGUGCUUCCCAGGAACGCGGCCCAAAGGGCAGAGCCCAUGGAAAGGGACAUUUCGGGUUAAAGAGUCACUAAGGGACAUUUCGGCUUGAAGCGUCACUGAGGGCACCUGGGGCGCUCCCGUGAGGGAGGUGAGCCGUGCCGCCCGGCAGGGGGCGCGCUCCCCGCCCCUCCCUCCCCGGGGCUCCCUCAUCCCCUCAGCGGGCGAUGUUGCCGCGCCACCGCCUCCACCUCCUGCUCUUCCUCCGCACUCUCCACGGCUCUGCCUUCGGCAUGGGCGACUGGGCCUCCCGCCUGCCGCAGGCGGGCGAAGCGCUGCCCGGCAGGACCCAGCGCAUGGCAGUGCCAGAUAAAGAUCAUGUCAAUGGGAACAGAAUGGUUGAACCUUUCCCAGAGGGAACACAGAUGGCUCUGUUUGGCAUGGGCUGUUUCUGGGGAGCCGAGAGGAAGUUCUGGAGGCAGAAAGGAGUCUAUUCCACUCAAGUAGGUUAUGCAGGAGGACAUACCCCAAACCCUACCUACAAGGAGGUGUGCUCAGGCAGAACUGGGCACACCGAGGCCGUCCGGGUGGUGUUUGAGCCACAAAACAUCAGCUUUGAGCAACUGCUCAAGGUCUUCUGGGAGAAUCAUGACCCGACACAAGGGAUGCGGCAGGGGAAUGACGUCGGCACGCAGUAUCGCUCGGCCAUCUACACCUUCUCCCAGGAGCAGAUGGAAGCUGCCCUGAGAUCCAAGGAAGAAUAUCAGAAGGUGUUGACGGAGGAAGGCUUUGGCCCCAUCACCACGGAGAUCCGGGAGGCUCCUGAGUUUUAUUACGCCGAGGAAUAUCACCAGCAGUACCUCAGCAAGAACCCCGGCGGGUACUGCGGCCUGGGAGGGACGGGGGUUUCCUGCCCCAUGGGCCUCAGGAAAUAGCCUGUGCCUGCUCCACCACCUCCUCUUCAUUGUAGGCAGCUUGGGAAAAAAAAGACCAGGAACCUCGGUGGAUGUUCCCGCAGCAUCCGUGGAUAAAGAUUUGGGAAUCUGCUGGGGAGGCUUUCCGUAAUCAUAAGUUACAUCAAAAUCCAAAGUAGAGGCAGGAAUUGCUCCCAUCACAGCUUCUUGCUCUGUGCAGUUUCCUUGUCAUCUGGAGAGGUGGAAAGAGAUCCAAACUUCUGAAGUUUGGCUUGAAAUGCUGUUAAAAGGGUGAAUUAGGAGGUGGUUGCACCCGUAGCUGCUUUGCAUUUCCAAUGCCUUUGGGCUUUUUGAUUUUCUUGUGUUAAUUAAUUUCCUGGUGGUCCCAGAGCUUUGCCUUCUGGAGAUGUGGUUGGGUUCCUUACCUGUCACAGCCCUGGAAUUUGAUGUCUUUGGGAAUGAUGAAUUGAUCAGAUCCAUGAUUCUCCUACCACAACUCCACUUUCACAGCAUUUAGUACCACCUGUAGUGCCUAUUUUCUGAAAUGCUUUAGCCAGAAAAAGGUCAAAAUUGCAAUGUGAUGUUUCUUUUUGACAGUUCCAAGAAGUGAAUAAACACAAAAAAAAAUCAGUUUUGUUUCCUGCUCUGCAAUAAAUGACAGAACAAGAAAA